UUAUAACAGGUUUUGAAAUGAAAUGUUCAUAACUUUAAACAUUUUACAGUUUUUAAUGACUUGAAACAUUACAAUUAUAUAUAUAAAUAUACAGUUAUAAGGAUUUGUUAAGGAGUAAAAUAAUACAGCCCAUUGUUUGGGGGUAAAUCAGAUUUGAGUUAGAGAUAUGACGGGAUUGUAUAGUUUGUUAUUGUUCGGUCUUUGCGUUGUUAUAAAGUUUGAUGUUGCGGCAGCGGUAAAUGGGACGUGUUAUGUGACGGGUGCGUUUCAAAAAUAUCAAGAAGGGGAAAUUUUUCAACAUCCGCAUAACCCUUGCUAUUUAUGCGAAUGCUGUGCUGAUGGAAUAUUCACGUGUACACCGAGAAAGUGUCCGGAAGCCUCGUGUGGUAUACUGAAACAAACUAGAUAUUCAGAAGAUGGUUGCUGCAAGCAGUGCUGUGAAGAGUGUGAUGAAGAAUGCCCAGAGCUUACGUGUACCUACCAGGUCUACAAAGCGGACUCAUGCUGUAAAUCAUGUGGCUGUAAAUACAAUGGCGUUGUUGUGCCACAAGGUCCAGUUGGUCAUAAGUGUGACAAUUGCGAGUGCCUCGCUAAUGGAAAGGUUGUGUGUGAUCGCCCACCGUGUCCCCCUGAAUCACUAAAAUGUGUUAACCCAACAUAUGCGAGCUCAACCAACUGCACGUGGGUUUGUCCUACUGGGGAUUAUACAUGUCGUAGGGGGCAGGUGGUCAUACCUGCAGGAAAGGUUGUUCGAAUUAAAAAUAAGAUAUGUACAUGUAAUACACAACAUUUCUACACCAGAGCGUUUUGUGCAAAUAUUCAAGAAAUGUUUGGAAAAAGAUUUAGACACCUUUGGUAUGGGAAAUGCCUUGAUAAAUACAAGGGCUCUGAGAUUUUGACGAACCCCAUGAAAUACAUGCAGCCUCAAUAGGAUCUAUAGAGAAAAAAACACUCGCUUUUGCGUCGUGGAAAAUAUUACCAUUUUUGAAAUUCUAUUUUUCCUAACAUUAUUCUGUUAUUUCUAGAUAUUUUAUUUAUUCGUUCGGACAUGCACCAGAUGCUUCUUUAUAUCUUCCGGAAUUUUACGCGAUUCUCUUUGUCUUUCGGCAAUUUCAGGAUGUUUCUUUUAUUCUGUUAUCAAACUGAUUUGACUGUUAACUUAAGUGGAUUUUCAGAGGGAUAUUUAUAUUUAUGAUGAAUAUAUUAAUGCUUAUAUUAGAUACCCUAAUUAUUCCAAAGCAAUAAAAUACUGUGUGAAGGUAGUCGGAUGAUAACACCUAACUGACAACAAUAACUUGUGUAUAAAAGCGUUAUGUUACAUCAAAAUCGAAACAAUAUGUAUUAAAUUAUAAUAUCAAAAAUAAAUCUAUGCAUUCUCA